AUUCCAAGUGUAAAAAGUUCGUCUUCUAGCUGAUUGUAUUCAGUUUGUUUUUACCCAUUCAAUUGUCUCCAAUAAUGUUUGAAUUUUGGAUGUUUCUGGAUUAACGCGAGGAAGUAUCAAAGUACGCUAUGUAGCGCAUGAAAGAAUGGAGUGUGGAAAUUUUAAGAAAACACCUGAUUGAGAAGAACCUGAAACUAUUUGACGCUACCGACUCGUAAUCUAUCUAAACACUGGAUUUUGGACGAGUGUUUUGAAUGUAGCAUAGGCCUACAUAAUCGGCUACAAUGAGUGAGGAGAAUACAGACAUUUCUAGGGAAUUGAUGGAGAGUGUGAGAGAUGCUGUCGGUAAAAAGAUCAACCUGUCUCUCAGGAAGAUGGUCAGCCUGGAGGCCAAAGGGGACAAACUGGAGAAGCGCAUUCUAGCUUUGGCUUCUCAUCGGGCCUACCUUCUGACUACACGAGUGCCCUCCAAGGUUGAGCAGUCCUUCAACUAUUUGGACAUUCAAAGCAUCAGCAGUAUCAAGCCAGAUCAGCUGGUGGUGAAGCAUGAGCGCGGCCUGGUGUCCCUCAAGCUGGCCAGCACUGAGGAGGUGGACGAGGUGGUGGCCAACGUGGGCCUCGGGCUCCAGAGGAUAUGCCCCAGUCUGUCUCCAGGGGAGGUCAUGAAGAAGGUGUCUCUGAAGCCAGAGGACAGGAUGACGACACUUCUCUCUAAGUGGGAGGACCAGGUGCCUGUUGACAGUGGGCCUUGCGGUGGAUUUUCGCACACAUACUGGUGUAUGUGCGAUCAGCUGGGUCUUCCGUACAGAGAUGAAGUGCAGUGGGACGUAGAUACAAUAUACCUAACCCAAGACACGAGGGAACUGAAUCUGCAAGAUUUCAUUCAUCUAGAAAACAGAGAUUUGGUUAUCAUCGUCGCUGCUCUGGAGUACAACCAGUGGUUCACUAAGCUCUCCAUCAAGGAUUACAAACUGUCUGCAGAUCUUUGUGAGCAAAUUCUCCGAGUUGUGUCCCGCUCAGGGCGACUUGAGGAACUAGUGUUGGACAAUGCCAGUCUCAAAGCAGAUUUUGCACAGAAGCUGGCCAGCGCUCUCAGCCACAACCCCAAAUCUGCUCUCCACACCCUCAACCUGGCCAACAACUCACUGGAGGACAAAGGCAUUGCUGCUCUUAGUUCUCCUCUGGCCAAACAAACACGGCUCAAGUAUUUGAAUCUUUCAAAGAACUCCCUGUCAUCCAAAGGAGUGAACAUUCUUGCACAGUCUCUCAGUGCCAAUCCCUCCAUGGCCAGCACACUGACACACCUGGACCUGUCUGGUAAUGCACUUCGGGGGGACGAUCUUGCAAAUCUCUGCAGUUUCUUGGGUCAGCCAAAUAGCCUACAAACACUGGAUCUGUCUAAUAGCGACUGCCCUCUUGAAUUAAUAUGCUCUUCGCUGCUUCGGGGAUGUCUCAAGAAUCUUUCAGUUCUCAACAUGUCUAAAAGUGUUUUUUCUCAUAGGAAGGGUAAAGACAUCCCACCCUCUUUUAAGCAGUUCUUCAACAGUGCAAUAGCACUGAGCACCAUCAACCUGUCAGGCACAAAGUUACCCCAAGAGGCACUGAAAGCCCUUCUGCUUGGGAUUGCCAGUAACACCAACCUCAAAGAGGUCUCGGUGGAUCUGAGCAACUGUGAGCUGAGAUCAGCCGGUUCUCAGAUUCUGGAGGGCUGCAUUGCUGAGAUCACCAACAUUUCGAGCCUGGACAUCUCGGAUAACAGCUUUGACACAGACAUGACCACCCUUCUGGUGUGGCUAGCAAAGAACCGCUCCAUACGACACUUGUCUCUGGGCAAGAACUUCAACAACAUCAAGUCCAAGAAUUUGGGGCAGGUCUUAAGCAACUUGGUGCACAUGAUUCAGGAAGAAGAGUCGCCUCUAACGUCCCUCUCUCUGGCUGACUCAAAGCUGAAGGGCGACCUCUCCAUUGUUCUCAAUGCACUGGGCAGCAACACCAGUCUGACCAAACUGGACAUUAGUGGCAAUGGGAUGGGCGACAUGGGCGCCAAAAUGUUGGCCAAGGCCUUACAAAUCAACACCAAGCUAAGGACUGUUGUGUGGGACAAGAACAGCAUCAGCCCACAAGGUUUACAGGAUGUUGCAGCUGCCCUAGAGAAAAACUACACCAUCCGCUUCAUGCCAAUGCCCAUCAUAGACGCUGCCCAGGCACUGAAGGCCAGCCCAGACAAGACCGAGGAUGCCCUUCUGAAGAUGGAGCAGUAUCUUCUGAGGAAUCACGAGACACGCAAAUACCUCCAGGAACAGGCCUACCGACUCCAGCAAGGCAUUGUCACGACAACCACUCACCAGAUGAUUGAGAGGAUGUGUGUGAAGGUUCAGGACCACCUGAACUCUCUGAGGUACUCCGAGACUGACCCUGUCCAGGAGGACAUGAGGGUGGCUGAGAGGCUCAUGAAGGAUGCCAGGAACUCCAAAACGUUACUGCCUAACAUGUACCACUUAACGACGUCUCGAAAUGAAGAGAUUGCGGAAGGCCCUUGUAUGGGUCCCAUCCAGGACAAGCUGCAGUCUAUGGCAGGAGAGGUCACCAGAGUCAUGGAGGAACAACUACAGAACCUGCUGCAGUCUAUGGUGGAUGCCGCCGAGAGUCUCUGCCCCAACGUUAUGAAGAAACCCAACCUGAGGCAUGAGCUUGUACAAGCCAGUGCCAGCAAAAUGGCUGUACCAAGGGGCUUUGUCACAGCCACCUUACUGGACCAGUCUGCUGUAGAGAUAAUCAACAAGAUUAGUGAAGUGAAGCUCAGCAUGGCAUCCUUCCUCUCAGACCAAAUCGAAGAUGAGAUUUUAGAAGCUUUGUCCCGUUCUCAACAAACCCUGUCGGAGCACCUGCACAGGCGAGCGCAGCCCCUGCUGCACCACGACUCCCAGGAGACAGAGGUGCUGGAGGAGAGCGUCCUGCAGCCAGAGAGCCACAGCUCCGAGACUGAAGAGAUGGAGGACCUGGACUCCUGCUUGCUGACACCCAAAUCCAAGAGGAAGAGUAUUCUUUACAGGAUGCUAAGGCCCAUCUCUGUCGCUUUUGAAUUGGAGUUUGAUUUAGACAAGGCCUUGGAGGACGUCCCGAUCCAUGUGGAGGACCCGCCUUUACCCCCGCCGCCUCACCCUAAGCUGGAGAAGAAGCCAUCCGGGGCUUUUGGGAAUCUGCCCUCAGCAGAGGUCACCACCCUCCAGCACAUCACUAAGCUCCGGCCCAGGAGGAACAAGAUCACCAAGCCCAGCAGAGCCCCAGCCACAGCAAGCAGCAGCAGCCCAGCCCCAGAGGUUGAUCAGAAUGGAACUGCGGUGAACGUGGACGAGGGGAUGGACGACUUCUUCUCCAAGAAGGUCACCAAGCUCAGUUUCAAGCGCCUCACACAGAAGAGUAGCCCGUCUCUGCAGGAUGGCGACAGGAAGCGCGAGUCCCGCAUGAGCGGCCUCUUCAACCGCAUCAAGCCACGCUCCAAGGUGGAGAAGAGCCACGCGGCUCCGCCGACACCUACCACCCCCCAGCCAGCGCCUGUCCUCAGUCCCACUUCCCCCGCCACGCCGCUGCCCCCUGCUCCCACACCCGACCCGGAGGAACCCACACCGCCGCCCAGGCCUCCGGUCAAACCCCCCAUCCUCCCUCCCGUGUCCGAGGCCGACGUCGUCGUCACACCCGUUGACCCUGAGCCUCCAGAGGAGUCGGUGACCUCUGACCCCAAGGAGGCAGAGGCCAAGAGCAAGCACAGCCCUCUGAUGGGACGUCACAUGGGCAUCCAGGUGAUGGGCAACGACUUCCUGGCAGAGAUGAGAGCGAAGCAGGAGCGGAAGGCUGCUGCCACUAUGAAAGUUAGUGAACCCUCUUCUCCAGAAAAGACAGAGUUGCCUGAAGUGCAGGGCUCAAGUGAGGAAGACCAUCGGCCCUCCGAGAGGAAGGCCCCAGCUGAAUCCCGACCAGAGCCUGCUCCCAGGAGCGUCCAUCCCACCCCUCCUCCCACCUCGGCCAAGCCCAGCUUCAGCACCCCAAAGCCCCCCGUCCAGAGCGCCAAGCCGGCCCUUGGCCCCCGCACAUCUGGACCCCUCAAGACCCGCAGCAGCAGCAGCAGGAGCUUCGAUGACAGUCCAGAUUCUCCCAGUGGUGGCUCGCCAAGUCCUACCCAGGUGCCUGUACCUGCCCAGCGCCACAAGAGGGCGCCCUCCGACACUCAGCGGGAGCGUGUGACCAGUACGCCGCCUGAAGACCCUGACAGCAGGGAGUCUCCCUCGGAGAUAGCUGGAGACAGCAGUGUAUUCGAUGGAGACCUGGAUUCUGCUCCUAUAACACACUCCUCCUCCCUUCGCUGUUCAACCAAUCCUGUUUUGGAAGCAGAUGAGCGCCAGCGAAUCAAGUCCCUCCCCACACCUGUGAAAUUGUUCCCAGAGGAUGACCCAGUCCUCAGCCCUGGUCUGCCUCCCCCUCCCCUUGACAUGCUUCCCCCUCCCCUUGACCUGCCACCCCCUCCCCUUGACCUGCCACCCCCUCCCCUUGACCUACCUGAACCCAUCCCAGAGGACCAGCCGCCAGACCCAGACACCAGUGCAUAGACGCCUACCUCUUCUUCCUCCUCCUCCUCCUCCUCUUCAUCCUCCUCCUCACCACAGACCAUGAAUGAAGAUGACGUUUCUGUUUCAAAAGACAAAGAGACUCAUAGGAGUCAUUUGACUCUUCCUUCUCCUGCCAUUUGCUUCAGGAAAUACAAUUUUCAAAAUAUCACCACUUCAUCAAGGCAUUCUGGGUUUUUUUUUUCAGUAUAACAUUUCAAAGUAAGUUUGCUGUCAUUAUGGGCAUACACUACACAAAAGCGUGGGACCAGGGUGGUGUUCUCAUUUCAGAGGAAACUGAAAGAGUAUGACCAAAGUAUGUCAGUGCUCAUGAUUACAACUAUCUCGCAGUCUGACUGGGAUCGAUAGCAAAUGUAAUCCUGUUUUUGCCACCUGGUGGUUCUUGUAGUGAACUACAGACAACAAACACAGCAAUGACUGAGUUGGGGAGGUGUGCAGUCAAGUGGAUGAGCUGGUCAGUGAAUGAGCUGUUUUUUUAUCCUCUGGCAAGUCUGCUUAUCAAGGGAGUUUUUCUUGGUUGCAUUAGUUGAGAAUAAAUCAGCUAUAAUAGGAAUGAUGCCAAAUAGUUUUAUGGUGUAAAGUAUGUUUCUGUAUAUGUGCAAUACAUGUUAAUUCAAUGUACGAGCUAUACCCUCAGUUAUGUGUCACUAUAUAUAGCUAUAUGUGUUAAAGUCUUAUAUGAGGUUAAAUAGCCCGGGGAUAUUUUGUUAAGCAUGUAUAAAUGGGUACAUGGUGAUGGUUUGCUGAAACUUUGUGGAAUUUUUAAACAGUAAAAUGCAAUUACUAAUACUACACAGUUAUUUAUCACUGCGUAUUAAUGUGUAAAUGAACACAUUUGACAAGAUUUUUUUUUGUUCUUUUUUUUGCAAGAUUGCAAGACUGACCUUUCUCUUUUUGUUCAGAUUACUUUUUCAUACAUCUUUGCACUGCCCUUAGUUGUCCAUAUCUUAUACAAUAUGUAUAUUUGUGCCAAUAAAAUAUUCUACACAAAUUGAAA